ACACUUUUGACCUUCCUUGACAACAACAAAGAAAAUCCCUCUCACUUUCUCUCUCCUCACUGAACUCGCUCACUCAACCACCAGCAAUGGCGAUAGACAGACCCACAGUGGAAAGAUCCACCGUGCGAGUCUCCAACAUCCCAACAACCGCCACCGCGCAAGACAUCUUCGACUUCCUCGAAUCAAAAAUCGGAAAGGGUACAAUCUUUGCCAUUGAAAUCUUCACGGAGAAGAAGAAUUGGAAAUCCAAGGGUCAUGGCCGUGUACAAUUUGAAAGCCUUGAUUCAAAAUCCAAAGCCCAAGAGUUGGCACUGGAGAACGACCUCCUCUUCAAAGGGUGUCCACUUUCUCUCUCCUCUUCUCACGAGGAUGUUGUGGUUAGGCCCAUUGAGCCCAGUUGCAGGGGUGUUCGUGGGGAUGUAUAUGUAGGUUUGAUGAAGGAGGAGGAUCAAAUGUGUGUGAUUGAUACUUUGGAGGAUGCUAAGAUCUGGGUUAUGCCCGAUAGGAAUUGUGUUGUGUUUCAUCUUGAGCUUGAGGGAAAGUUUUAUAAAAUGGAGGUUCAUUUUGAUGAUAUUUUUGAGGCUUUUGGGUGUUACUUUGAUGAGCAGUCUCCUGCUAUUCUUCUCAAGCUGAAGUAUGCACCAAAAAUUUACCAGAGGAUUUCAGGUCCCAAUUUGUAUACAAGGUUCACUGCUGAUCGCUAUCAUAUUUGCAAGGAAGAUCUUGAGUUUAUCUGGGUACGUACUACAGAUAUAUCAAAAAGUAAUUCUAUCGGAUUAUCUUCUGCAUUUUGUUGGGAAAUCGGAGAGGGAUCCAUGGGUCUAGAUUUCUUUUCCACCAUUCCCUUCUACAGAAAAAUUUUGGAAAAUUUUGUAUUAGAAGAAUACGACGAGUAUUCUUCGGUCUCAGGUCUUGUUCCCCUUGUAAAGUGUGAGAACAAUUUGAAAUUGGAUUAUGAAAUACUUUUCCAAAUCAACUCCUUAGUCCACACACUCAAAAUUAGUUUAGCUGAUGUGACUACAGAGCUUAUUGAUUUUCUCAGUACUCUGAGCAUAGACAGGGCUCAUAUGGUUCUCCAGAAAGUACACAAGUUGAGUUCCACAUGUUAUGAGCCGCUUUCAUUUAUUAAGACUCAGGUACAGGCUCUAGAUGAUGCACAGAAUAGUAGUCUGUUUGUACGAAGCCGCUUGACGAAUGAUAAUAUAAUGAGAUGUCACAGGGCUUUAGUCACCCCAACGAAAAUAUGCCUAUUGGGUCCCGAACUGGAAGCUUCAAAUUACAUUGUCAAGAACUUUUCAGCCCACACCUCAGAUUUCAUGAGAGUUACUUUUGUAGAUGAAGACUGGGGUAAGCUACACCCAAUGGCUGUAUCAGUCAGUACUGAGCAAGGAAUAUUCUCAAAGCCAUUUAGAACAGAUGUAUAUCACCGAAUAUUGUCCAUUCUUCGAGAAGGGAUUGUGAUUGGGGAUAAAAGAUUUGAGUUCUUGGCCUUUUCAGCAAGCCAGCUUCGGUCAAAUUCUGUAUGGAUGUUUGCUUCGAAUGAUAAAGUGAAGGCAGAUGACAUACGUGAAUGGAUGGGAAGCUUUAACAAGAUCCGUAGUAUUUCAAAAUGUGCAGCUAGAAUGGGGCAAUUGUUCAGUGCUGCUUGGCAGACAGUAGUUGUUCCUGUACAGGAUGUGGAAGUUAUUCCUGAUAUAGAACUAAAUUCAGAUGGCAUUGACUACUGCUUUUCAGAUGGUAUUGGAAAGAUUUCCCUCUCUUUUGCUAGACAAGUUGCACAAAAAUGUGGGGUAGAACACACUCCAUCCGCCUUUCAGAUUCGUUACGGUGGUUAUAAAGGUGUAGUAGCUGUAGACCGGAAUUCCUUCAGAAAGUUAUCUCUGCGUAGUAGCAUGCUUAAGUUUGAAUCCAAAAAUAGAAUGCUUAACGUAACCAAAUGUAACAAGUCCCAAUCAUGUUAUCUGAAUAGAGAAAUUGUUACUCUUUUGACCACAUUGGGGGUUGAAGACAGUAGCCUUGAAGCUUUGUUGCAGGAACACAUGCGUCUUCUUGCAAAUACGUUGACUAGUAGAGAUGCAGCUUUGGCUUUGCUUGAGAGCACGGAUAUGGGGGAAAGCAAAACGCUUGUAAAAAUGUUGCGUCAUGGUUUUGAACCAAAUUCAGAGCCUUACCUCUUAAUGAUGCUUCGAGCAUACCUGGAGAGCCAACUGUCUGAUUUGAGAGGAAGAUGUCGUCUUUACGUUCCAAAGGGCCGUGUUUUACUUGGAUGCUUGGAUGAGACCGGGAUUUUGAACUACGGGCAGAUAUUUGUCCGUUUAACCCUGAGGAAAACCGAACUUGAAAAUAUGGAUCCAAGUAUCUUCCACAAAUUGGAUGAGAAGACAGCAAUACUUACUGGGACGGUGGUUGUCACUAAGAAUCCUUGCUUACACCCUGGUGAUGUCAGAGUGCUGGAAGCUGUUUAUGAGGUGGCUUUGGAAGAGAAGGGACUAAUUGACUGCCUGAUUUUCCCACAGAAAGGAGAAAGGCCUCAUCCAAAUGAGUGUUCAGGCGGCGAUUUAGACGGUGAUUUAUAUUUCAUAAGCUGGGACGAGAAACUCAUACCUCCGAGAACUGUGGCCCCCAUGGACUACACUGGCUGCAGACCUCGCAUCAUGGACCAUGACGUUACAAUGGAGGAGAUUCAACGAUUCUUUGUUGAUUAUAUGAUAAGCGACACACUGGGAACAAUCUCAACCGCACACUUGGUCCUUGCAGACCGUGAACCCGAAAAGGCCCUAAGCCCUAAAUGUCUCCGCUUAGCUGAGCUACAUUCAAUGGCAGUUGACUAUGCAAAGACCGGUGCACCAGCCGAGAUGCCCAACGUUUUGAAACCAAAAGAGUAUCCUGAUUUUAUGGAAAGGUGGGAUAGACCCACUUAUAUAUCCCAAGGAAUUCUCGGUAAACUCUACCGUGCCACUGUCUCUGCAACAAUUCCAAGUUCAGAUUUCAAGUGGUCAGAGGAAACUGCUCGAGCUGCUUAUGACUCCGACUUAGAAGUUCCUGGGUUUGAGGCCUUCAUUGAUACUGCAAAAAGCUGCAAGGAGAUGUACAUGGAGAAGAUGAGUAUGUUGUUGAUGUUCUAUGGAGCAAAUAGUGAGGAUGAGAUACUUACAGGUAACCUAAGAAGCAAGUCUAUAUAUUUGAGGAAGGAUAACAGAAGGUAUAGAGAGCUUACAGAUAGGAUUUUGAUUUCUGUAAAAAGUCUUCAGAAAGAAGCGAAAGGAUGGUUCGAGAAUAGUUGUGGAGAAGAAGAUCGUCAAAAGAUGGCUUCGGCAUGGUACCAUGUUACUUACCACCCUGACCAUUGCCAUGACAGUGACAACUGCCUUGGUUUUCCCUGGACUGUACAUGAUGUUCUGGUUACUAUCAAAUCUGCUAACCGAAAACAACCCUGAAUUCGUGUGUUCGUAGAUGGCUUAUAUAUCAAGCUUAGAUUUACCUCGGCUCGGCAGAAUAUCAACUUAGAUGCCUUUGCUAUGUUGUAGUCCCUUUGUACAAAGUGUGUAAUGGACUAAUGGUAAUGGUGGUUAGCUGUGACAGCAGGACUUAAAGCCCUUAAUUGACUAAUUAUGUGUUAUUAUGGACUUAAAUCCCUUAAUUGACUAAUUAUGUAUUAUUAUGAACUUAAAGCCCUUGAUUGACUAAUUAUGGUAACGGUGAUUAGCGGUCC